AAGUACGCCUUGUUCUUUCGUGAGCAGGGGGCAAAAAACACAGCUGCGAAACUCCCCGGCGCCGCCGAACUCCCCACUCCAGUCUUCCUGACGGCACGGCGAUGCUUCUCCGCCGACGCCUCCCAGUGACCCGCCUCCUCCGGCAACUGCAAACCGGGGCGGCGGCGGCCUCCACCACCUCCUCCUCUCCCCCGCCGCCUCCUCUCCAAAAGCCCAUCGCCGCCUCCGCCUCGCCUUCUACGACACAGGGGUCGCGCCUAGGGUUCCCCAAUGCGAAAUCGCGCGCUUCGUCCUCGAAGAGUGCCGCCUUUCUCGCUGCCGGCGCGGCCGCCGCGCUUGCGUCGCUGCCGGUGGUGUCCUACGCUGAUGCCGACGAGGAGGUGGCGUGGAGCUGGAUUGAGUUUGAUAUGUGUUUACAGGGCGCGGUUGACGUUGCAGUGAGCACUGAUGCGGCACCGGUGGAGGACUUGGCUGGCAAGGAGAGGAAGAGGAUAAUGGAGCUGAUUGAGAGCCGAGGAAUGCAGCCAGGGUCGUACCCGAAGUUUGAAGUUGCAAUCAAGGGCCAGAAGGUGGUCGUUAAAUUCAAUGUACCGUCAACCUGUAAUAUAUCGCGCCUCAUUGUUGAUCUCGUAACACAUAUCGGACUUGAGGCAGAACAGUGUGUUGGUGGCUCAGAGAUGCUAUUUCGUGCUUGGGACAGUGCAGCUGCGCGUCAAAUAACAUUGAAUCCUCCAAAAACGACAGCAAGCAUUGGAGAAAACAAUGAAGAUUCUCUUUGUAUUUUGAUAUUUGAGCCACUUGUCGGAUCUGAAUAUGCUGUUAGUCCUUAUGAAAUUGAAUUCAUCAAGCCUGAUAGUUUUAGUUCGAAAGAACUUGAAGGUUUGGUCAGUGCUUUAAAAAUAGCUGGGCAGAAAGAUGCCAAGACGUCAUCAGGGAAAGCAUCAACCAAAGGAGGUGGUCAGAGAUCUAAGCAUCUACCCUCUAUAGAAAAAACUGUAUCUGAUUUAGAGGAUAUGGGUGUUAGGGUCUAUGGGUUUGAUGAAACCUCUAGUGUUCCAAUGGAUGGCACUGUCAUGUGGGAGAACAUUGCUGGAUAUGAACAUCAGAAAAGGGAGAUAGAAGAUACUGUACUCUUGGCUCUACAGAAUCCUCAAAUAUAUGAUGACAUUGCUCGUGGUACACGUUGCAAAUUUGAAACAAAUCGACCUCGGGCGGUUCUAUUUGAAGGCCCACCUGGGACCGGUAAGACAUCUUCUGCUCGAGUUAUUGCCAAGCAAGCGGGAGUUCCACUGUUAUAUGUACCACUGGAGAUCAUCAUGUCAAAAUAUUAUGGUGAAAGUGAGCGCCUGUUGGGAUCUGUUUUUUCACUUGCCAACAAUCUUCCUGAUGGAGGUAUUAUUUUCCUAGAUGAGGUAGACUCGUUUGCUAUUUCUCGAGAUAGUGAAAUGCAUGAAGCUACUCGAAGGAUAUUAUCAGUAAUUCUGCGACAGAUUGAUGGGUUCGAGCAGGAUAGACGUGUGGUUGUUAUUGCUGCAACAAAUAGAAAGGAAGACCUUGAUCCUGCUCUCAUCAGCCGUUUUGAUUCAGUGAUUUGUUUUGGCCUACCAGACCAGCAGAGCCGUGCAGAAAUAGCAGCCCAAUAUGCAAAGCACCUAACAAAAUCCGAGUUGGUUCAGUUUUCCCUUGCCACUGAGGAGAUGGCAGGAAGAGAUAUCAGGGAUAUAUGCAUGCAAGCAGAAAGACAUUGGGCAUCGAAGUUUAUCAGGGGACAAAUUCCAAAAGACGAGAAGGGGGAGCCCCCUCUUCCUCCAAUCGACGAGUAUGUUGCAUGUGCCGUACAACGAAGAAAGUCUUUACCAGAUAGAACAAGACCAGCAUCCAGAUCCGAUCCACCUCUAAAAUUAGCAUGAAGAACCAUCUCUUAUAUACGAUAUGACUACUAUAUCAAAAAAUUGUAGUUCCAACGAGGAUGUGUAUACAGUUAGCUAGUUUCAUACGUGGUUCUGUAGUUAGCUGAAUUUUGAGAUCAGAAAAUGUGCGGUGUUGGAGAUCGAUUUCUUUCAGAUGUGGAGAGGGAAACAUAUUCUAUAAAGGCGAUCUACAUUUAUUUUCUUCC